AUGGCCUCUGAGACAUCUGCAGUACUUGUGGCCGUUCGUGUUCGUCCAUUCAACACACGCGAAUCCCCAUUAGAGUGUACAGUGACAGUUCCCGAUACCCACAGCAUUACUCUCACAGAUGUCGGUAGUAAUGUCUGCGGUAGUGGACAACAACACGCCUUUUCAUUUGAUAAAAUCUUCUGGAGUAUUCCACCGCAUGUGUUGCCGCUGUGCAUGUCUGGUGUUUCUCCACCAACGCAGUCUCCACGAAUUUCUUUCAUAGAUGGAAUGUCUUCCGUGGCCGUCUCCCGUGCGGGAUCUAUUAUUCCUGGAAUGGGAACGGUAAGUACGAGUAGGAGUAGUAGUAUCACUGGAUUAACAGACUCCUCCUCUGCGGCGGCUGCGGCUUCACGAUUGCAGUUUGCUCAUUUACCGUGUUUUGCAGAGGUUCCGGAAUAUGAUGAUCAGUCCUCUGUGUAUGAUUUCAUUGGUCCACGUAUGUAUGAAUCUGCCAUGACGGGAUUUAACUCCUGUCUCUUUGCAUAUGGACAAACAGGAAGUGGAAAGACACAUAGUAUGAUGGGACCACCUGAAGGGUUUACUAUAAACUCUACCGAUCGUGGUAUAUUACCUCGUUUAUGUGAAGAUCUCUUUGAUAUGAUGCGAAAGGAACGUGAAGAAGAUGAAAGUGUUUCAUUUAAUGUGGAAUGUGGGUUUUUAGAGAUUUACUGUGAACGAGUAAGAGAUUUACUUCUUCAUAGUGCUAAUAAAGAAAAUACAUCCAGUGGUGGAUCAUUCCAUAAGGCUAGUAGUAGUUAUGCCGUGACAUCUAGUAGUACGGCUCUUUCUACUACGGGUGGUAGUGGUAGUGCAGGUCCUACAACGAAUACAAGUAUUUCUACUAUUAACACUACUAUUACUACUAAUACUAAUACUAAUAUGAAUACGAAUAAUAGUACAACUAUGGGCGGUGGUGGUGGUGGUGGAUUUUCUACAUCCGGUUCUUCUUCUUCUUCUUUACGUAUUCGUCAACAUCCCACACGUGGUCCAUUUGUAGAGGGUCUUUCACUUGUGAAGGUACGAGAUGCGAAGGCGGCCAUGCGGCUUCUCGUGAGUGGAUUGCGUGAACGGGCCACUGCAGAGACCCGAAUGAAUGAACACAGUAGUCGUAGUCACGCCUUAUUACAACUACACAUUACACGUAUUUCUCUUGUAGGAACAGCAGAUGUGGUAGUACCCAAGACACGUGUGUGUAAAGUUAGUUUAGUGGAUCUUGCUGGUAGUGAACGGGUAUCGCAGUCUGGUGCCACUGGAGAUCGCUUUGAAGAGGCACGGAAUAUUAAUUUAUCUCUCACCACACUUGGACGUGUGAUGUUGCAACUCACAGAUAAACAAGCAGGACGGAAUGUGGUGCCGGCGUAUCGUGAUAGUGUACUCACAUGGCUUCUCGCUGAUAGUUUGGGUGGAAAUAGUAAAACUAUUAUGUUGGCUACAGUGGCUCCAAGUGCGGCAUGUUAUCAACAGACACUCAACACAUUAAGAUUUGCUGGAGUGGCAAAGAAGGUGAUUAAUGUGGCUACUGUAAAUGAGGAUAAACAAUUUCAAAAACUUAUCGCCUCCUUACGACAACAAAUUGUGAAACUAACACUACAAUUAGAAGAAGGAAAGGCAGCAGAAGUUCAUCAUGAUGAGAUCUGCGCCCUCCGUCGAGAGAGAGAUGAAUUGCAACAGGAAUUAUCUAUUUUGCGAGCCUCCUUGUUAACAAUGGUGCCAGGAACAGAAAUGGUGGCUGUACAGAGACGAGCAUCGGAUUUAGAAGAAGCAAACGCCCAACUACAUAAAGAGAAAAAUCAACUGCAGCGACAACUCAUCUCAACAACAACCGCACUUCGUGAGGAACUCGCACAGAAACGUGGAGAAGUAAUGAAAUUAAAUGAAUUACUUGUUAAUAAAGAUAGUGAACUACAAGAGUGGCGACGACGAUAUCGUGAAGAAACCGUACGGCGAGAGACUUCACCUCCACAAGUCCAACACUAUCAACAACAACAACAACAACAACAACAAAAAGGAGUAGAAGGAAUUUCAACUAGAGGAUGGUCCACUAAGACUCCUGCGGCUCAGACAUUAAUCUCAUCAUCACUACAACCACCAGCCCCGCUUGCUGUGAUUGCAGAGCCCUCACGUCGUCGUGAAGAUUUGGAACUUCGUGUGGAGAAAUUAACAAAAGAUAUCAAAGAAGAGCGGCGAAAGCGGGAGGAUGUGGACAAGACCCGUAAUGCUUUACAGAAACAAAUGGAAACACUUCAGCAGGAACACAUGGAUACAUUACGGCAAUUAGAGGAAUUGCAGAGUCGAUUGGUGGAAAAGACAAACGCAUUAGAUAUCACACAAUCAGACUUGGCAGCCACUCGCACAUUACUUCGUGUGGAACGGGGAGAAAACUCCACAGCCGAACGUGAACGUGAACUCACCACUCAAUUAGAAAAGGCACGGGCGGAUUAUCUUAAUGAGAAGCAAACAAAUGUGAAUCUCUUGUUAAGAUUAUCAAAGAUGGCUCAACAGGUAACAGAGUUCAAAAAGGAAACAGCAGCAAAAGGACGUGAUAUCACAGAAUUAGAACAAUUAUUAUUAGAAGAAACGGAAACUUCAGAGCGUUAUUAUAUGCGAUUACGGUACUUUCGGGAUUUAUUAGGUAUAACCGUAUUAUUUCUUCAUGCAUCCUCUGCAAGAAAAGAAACUGAUAGUGCCAAUAAUAAUAGUAAUAAUAAUAAUAAUAACAAUACCAUUGAUAAAAGUAAUCCUGUUAUUGAUGAUGACUUUUUGUGGGAACAGUUACUAUGCGAUUACACAAGAGAUGAAGCCUACAGUCGUGUAUUACUGGAACAGGAAUAUCUUACUACGAUGUUAGAAUUAGUUCGACAAGGAGGAUUAUUAUAUCAACUUAAUUUUGCUGCUGCAAAUGAGGAACUCAUGGAACUUCGUGCAACUGAAGUGGUAUCAACAGAAGAACUUCAACAUCUGCGUCGUAAGGUAGAAACAAUAGAGAAAGCGUAUGAAAAGGAAAUUGCAGAGAAACUUAAAUUACAAACAGCAUUAAGUAAUAGUGAAAGUGUUCGUGAACGUCUUUUACGACAAGUAGAUGAUUUAAGAGAUGAAUUGGGACAUUUACAGAAAAGUAAUGAAACCUUAAUUCAAAAGAUUGUUGAGGUACAGGCAUCACAGGAUACCUUUAAUGUGGCUUCUAUGGAAGUUACCCCUAACACCAUAUCACUUAAUGAAGAAGAAACAGAGAGAGAGAAAUCUAUACAAGAACAAAAACAAAAGCAAUUAGCUCAACAAGUCGUACAAUAUCAAGAAGAGAUUGGAUUAUUACAUGCCCAACUCGAAAAGGAACGAAAUGAUAAGAUCGAAAAAACACGAUCGGUACAACGAGAAAAGGAGGAACUCCUCUCAGAAUUACACCGUGUACGAGAAGAUCGUAAGGCCACAUUAAAGGAAAGUACACAAAUUGUAAAAGAUUAUGAAGAUCGUGUAAAUGAGUUGGAGGAAGUAGUGACAACACUUCGCAAAGCAUUAGAUGAAGAAUGUAAUAAUACCGAUAAGGCUAGAGAUCAAAUGCAACGGGCAGAAAUGGCCAGACGUGAAGCCGUAGAUAAAGUAAAUUUCAUGUCAAGAAAUAUAGAGAGAUUAGAGUCGGAUCGUGAUAUCUCAGAAAAACGAUAUACCCAAUUAUCUCAACAAUUACAACAAUUACAAUCCGCCUAUUUUGAAUUAGAAAAACGUGUAAUGGAAUCUAAACUACAUGAUGCCGAUGUCUAUCUCACUAUUGAACGGGAUGAUGAUGAUAAGAGUUGGAUGGAAAAGGCACAACGUGAAAAGGAAGUAUUGGAAAGACAAAAAAGGGAUGUGCGGCGAUUAAAUGAGGAAUUAUUAGAAAUGGUGCGUCAACGAAAUGAAUCUCUUCGUGCCGUUCAUCGUCAAAUCACAAAAUUACAACGCGGGGGUGUUUCUCCGGAGAUGGAUGAGUUUUCUUCUUCUUCUCCAGAUCCUAAGAUAUAUCCUCAUACUACUACUAUUAAUACUAUUAAUACUACUAUGGACAAUGAUAGGACCACUACUUCUGGGAAUGAACAUGGGGAUAAUACCCUGGGUACACAACAGCAUCAUGAAUAG